AUGAAAGAGAAUUACCUUCCCAGACAUAUGAGAAUAGGUACAGUCAACAGAGUCAUCAGAUUUUUCUUCGGACCAAUUAGUAUCUUAGCAAUCCUAUGCAUACUGUACUUUAAGCCUGAAUUCAAAGAUGUUCACGAUCUAUGUCAAAGAAGAGUCAACUGUUACGCUCAUUGUGUGAAUGAUAACUUCCCUAGUUUAUCUUGCCAAGAAUACAAUGUGUCCUUGAUGUAUAGAGGAAACACCUAUGAUAAAUUCUACUACUAUCCAAAGAAGGAUACAAAGCAUUACAGAGAAUGCUUAAGUUAUGUUGAUGAUGUACAAGAUUUUAAAUACUUAACCUUUUUCUAGAAUGAAUUAUAACUAUAUGCAGAAGAUGAGCCAAAUAGGAUGAGAAGAACUCACACCUGCUUUAAUUCUUGUAAAAGGUCUGCUGACUGUUAUUUAGGGUUCGAAGAAGACAUUAGACAGGAAUGCACGAAAAAGACUAAAGAGCAAGGUCUCUUUUGCUUGAUACCUGAUGAAAAUUAGUGUGAAAAUUACGUUAUGGCUGAGGAGAUUUGCUUAAAUGCAGAUCAGACUAUUUGUAUUAAUCCAAUGUUCAUCUUCCUAUCCAUAUUAAUUGGAAACCUGCUUUAAAUCGUAUUCGAAGCUAGUAUGCUUUACUCAUUAGAAGUUACCUUCAAGCCAACUAACUUAGAAAGACUCUAAGAUCCUGAGAAGUACUAAGAUGACAUGGGGUAAGACUCUAAUCCUGACUAGAAAAAAGAGCUUGACUGUGGAAAAGUACUAAUGAAAUGCUGGGGAAUCACUUACUCAGUAAACUAUGGCAGACCUAUUUCAAUAAUGGUCUCAUUCUUUAUCGCCUGGGCUAUUGAUUAAGGCAAGAAUAUACCAUUCUAAUUUGUUAUCUACUGGGUUGUCAUUAGAAGAUUUGGCUAUUUUGAGAAUGUCAAUUUAACUCUCUGGGAUGAUGAAGUAGUAGCUGAGAGGGGUACUCAGAUGUCUCUAUUCUAUCUUAUGAGAAGAACUAUCGCUAAUAAAUUAGAGGAUAAAAUGGUCUCAAGAUUUAUCCUUGGAAUGGUUAUCUUGCUGUGUAUAGUCAUUUUUUCUGAGUUGUCUCUAGCUGCCUAGAUUGAAUCUAGCGUUUAACUCACAUAGUUUUACUAUGUGCUAAACUAUGCUUUACUGGCAUUUUUUGUUAUGGAAAUUAUCAUUAAGUGCUUCGCAUAUGGGCACUUAUUUCUUAUGGAAUACAUCAACUUAUUUGAUUCAACUAUCGUUAUUAUCUCCUUUAUAAUGCAGGUACUAGAUCUUAAGGCAAAAGUAUUGGGUAUAUUGAGAGUGCUAAGACUGAUUAAAGUUAUCAUUGAAAUGAAAAAGGUUGCUGAUGCCAAGAAAGAACAACAAGAGCUUAUUAAGGAGUAGAAAAGAUAGGGUUCUUAAAUGGCUUCUUAUGUUGAAAGAGUUCUUGACUAUUUCGAAAGACUUACUUUAAAUAAUGAUAUUCCAAAGCAUUUAAAGGAAGAUCUCCAAUGGGCUAUCGAUGUAAUCAGUGCCAAUAAGCUUUAUGUUGGUGGAUUCGAAGGAUUUAAGUUAUCUGAAGAUAAAUCAGAAGUUAAAGCUUGGACAGACCUUAUAGCAUUAAGAAACUUGCCUAUAAAUAAGACUGAGUUUGAUAGGUUGAAGAUAAUUGAAGUAAAUGAGGUAGUGAAUAAAAAUGAAGAUAAGAUUAAAUUCACAAUGAAGAGAUCCUCUGAAGUAACUACCAAUGGUUAGCAUAAGAGAAAGAGUGAGUAAAUGUCAGGAUCGAACAAUAAUGAUGAAUCUAAGAUGCAGUUAUUAAAUCAGUCAAUGAAGGAUGAAAAAGCUGGCUCAGGUAAUAAGUUAAAUCUUCCAGGCUUUAGCAAAAUGAAGACGAACAAUCAAGCUGUCGAUUUUCAUUAAUAUGAAUCAGAUGAUGGAGAGAACACUCAAUUCCUUGAUAAAGAUUUUCUAGAGUUGACUGAUCUACUAGAGAUGGACAAAGCUUACCUUGAUAGUGCGAUUGAAAAAUUCGAUGAGACAGCUUUUGACCCCUUUGCUUAUUGCUAAAUUCUGGGCAAUAAGUCACUCUAGUAUAUGACAUUCAAAGUCUUUCAGAUGUAUAACUUUAUGGACCAUUUCAAUAUUAAGCUAGUUUAAUUAGUUAAUUUCACCACUGAGGACAAUCCAUAUCAUAAUAUGAUGCAUAUUGUUGAUUCUUUUUAAGCCAUGCACUACUUAAUGAAUGUUGGUAAUCUCAAAAGAUACUUGAAAAAGCAUGAUAUUCUUGCAUCAUUUAUUGCUGAUCUCAUUCAUGAUUAUGAGCAUCCUGGUUACUCAAAUUAAUUCGUAAUCAGAACUAAACAUCCAUUGGCGAUAAGAUAUAGUGACCAAGCAGUUUUAGAAAAUCAUCACCUUGCAGCAUCAUUUCAAAUAAUGCUUAAUUCAGAAGGUCAUGCAAACAUUUUUGAAGAUAUUCCCCUCGACAUUACCUAAGAGAUGAGAAAAAUUAUUAUCAGAAGUGUUUUGAAUACAGAUCUAAGCAAACACUUCACACUUCUUACAGAGUUAAAGACUAAACUAGGCAACAAUUUCCCAACAGAUAGUCUUGAAGACCGCAUUCUUAUUUUGAGCGUUACUAUUCGUAUAUGCGAUUAAUUCAAGGUUGUAAGAGGCACAACUAUCUUCUUUAAAUGGAUGGAGGCUAUGUUUGAGGAGUUCUACAAAUAAGGUGACAUGGAGAAGGUGCUAGACCUACCUAUCAGUAAGUUCAUGGAUAGAGAGAAUACCAAUAAGGAGAAAGCUUUCUCUAAUUAUCUUAAUGUGGUAUGCAGACCUCUAUUGACUACUUAUCUCAUUUUAAUUAAUGAUGAUGAGAUUUAUGGUGCUAUUGUAAGAGAAGGAAUUGAUAAAAAUAAAAAGAAUCUAGAGCAGAGAAUUGACGGAGACUCUGGAAAAUGA